ACAAUGUGCCUGUGUAAUAAGGCUCAAAUUGAGGUGAUCGGCUCGGGUAGCGUCUCGAAAUGGAAACAAGGCACGGCGGAAAACGACGUGAUCAACGAUAUCAGUAAAUGGCUAACGCCUAGUCGACCUAGUUCUAUGUUACAACCAGAUUUGGAACAACAGACGGUUCAACGGACAUUGCAGUUGAAUAGCAUACGUGCCACAUUCCGUCAUAAGAAUAUCGCUGGAAAUCCAACUGAAGUGGCCUUAUUGAAGUAUGUCGAAGAGGAAGCCUACAUGAAGUUGGGUAGCGAAGGCCGCACUUGCCUUGCGUUCGCUACUGCGGAAUUCGAUGGCUAUGCGGAUGAGUGCUUUACGGCACUAACACCCAACACCCUGCUCGACUAUGAGCUGUGUUUUCUGGGUAUGGCCGCCCUGUACGAUCCACCCCGCGAGACUGCACAGCAGUCAAUUCAGGCGCUUCGAGACGCAGGUGUAAAAUGUUUUAUGAUCAGUGGAGAUCACCCGUCGACAGCCACUACACUUGCCAAACAUAUCGGACUACUAAAGGAUGACAGCAACACUAAGGCUACUGGCAAUGGCAAUUGCGUUCUAUCAUCUACUACUAUUACUCCUAUUACGACCAGUAGUAAUAGUAAUACUGGUGCAGCUUGUUCUGCUCCUGCUUCUACAGCUGCGGAACUUCAAAAUGUAUCCGUAAUCCACGGAGAAAUGCUAAAAACCUUAACGCCAGAUCAGUGGGAUGAGAUUCUCGCGCAGCGUGCCGUCGUGUUUGCACGCACCACGCCGGCACAGAAGCUGAUCAUCGUAGAGGUAUCUUAUAACUAG